CUGCGCUCGUCCGCCUUCUGGAGGGCCGUCCUGGCCGAGUUCCUGGGCAGCCUCCUCUAUGCCCUGCUGGGGCUGGGGGCCUCCCUGCGCUGGGCCCCGGGCCCCCCCAGCGUCGUGGGGGCCGCCCUGGCCUUCGGGCUGGCCCAGACCACCGUGGUGCAGGCGCUGGGCCAUGUCAGCGGGGGCCACGUCAACCCGGCCAUCACGCUGGCCUUCCUUAUGGCCUCGCAGCUCUCCCUGCCCCGUGCCCUGGGCUACCUGCUGGCCCAG